GGAGGAGGAGUGAGGGUGGGCUCGGUGGAGGAGUGGAGGGAUGGAAGGCGGAUGCAGAUAAAGCUUUAUUCAGUCGCUGUGUUAACAUCUAACGCCGAUGGGAUCUUUACGUGGGUUUUAAUUUUGCUGAGCGUGUACUAUGAUCGGCGUCGUGCACGCGGGCACCACCCCUGCAGCCGGAGCCGUCUCCCUCUGAGCUGUCAAUCACAUUACGGCGGGAUUUCGACAUGUGAGUGCGCGGCGCGCGCAGGGCGGAUCUGCUCACGAGGUGAAAAAACGCCGGUUAAUAUGGACGGAAGGUCAGCCGUCAUCUCAUCGUUCAAGUCACACUGAUCAAGCGCAGCGCCUUGUUCAGACCACAGAGGAGGCGAAGAUGAUGUGCGAGGUGAUGCCGACUAUCAGUGAGGGAGACUCGGCCGGUCCUCCGAGAGGAACCGGCGGCGUCCCCAACGGCUCAGAUCAGGAGGCCAACUUCGAGCAGCUGAUGGUCAACAUGCUGGAUGAGAGGGAUAAGCUGCUGGAGUCCCUCCGGGAGACUCAGGAGAACCUCAUUCAAUCACAAACUAAGCUGCAGGGGGCGCUGCAUGAGAGGGACGUGCUCCAGCGGCAGAUCAACGCCGCGCUGCCUCAGGAGUUUGCCACCCUGACGAAGGAGCUGAACAUAUGCCGGGAGCAGCUGUUGGAGAAAGAGGAGGAAAUAUCUGAGCUGAAAGCUGAAAGAAACAACACCAGGCUGCUACUGGAGCACCUGGAGUGUCUGGUGUCUCGUCAUGAACGCAGCCUGAGGAUGACAGUGGUAAAGAGACAGGCACCACCGCCAUCUGGAGUCUCCAGCGAGGUGGAAGUCCUCAAAGCCUUGAAGUCACUGUUUGAACACCAUAAGGCUCUGGAUGAAAAGGUGCGCGAGAGGCUUCGGGUGUCUCUGGAGAGAGUGGCCACUCUGGAGGGACAGUUAGCAGCUACUACACAAGAGCUGAACUCGGUGAGACAAAGGAAGGACAGUGACGCAGUGGAGCGAACAGAUGGAUCCAAACCUACAUGGAAGAGACUGCCCAACGGUUCUAUAGACACCAAUGAAGACCGCAGUCGGGUGACUGAGCUUCAGGAGCGUUUAGAUCAGACUAAUAAGGAACUGACGCAGAGCCGUGAGCACUCUGCUUCUCUCAACGCCCGCGUGGUCAAUCUUGAGGCAGAGCUGGCAAACGCACGCCGAGAACUCAGUCGCAGCGAGGAGCUGUCACUCAAACAGCAAAGGGAGCAGAGAGAGAGAGAGGACAUGGAGGAGAGGAUAACAACGUUAGAGAAACGCUACCUGGCAGCUCAGCGGGAGACCACCCACAUCCACGACCUCAAUGACAAACUGGAGAAUGAACUGGCCACCAAAGACUCUCUGCAUCGACAGAGCGAGGAGAAGGUGCGCCAGCUGCAGGAGAUGCUGGAGAUGGCAGAGCAGAGGCUGGCUCAGACCAUGAGGAAGGCUGAGACUCUGCCAGAGGUGGAGGCUGAACUGGCACAGAGGGUGGCAGCACUCUCCAAGGCUGAGGAGCGCCAUGGCAACGUGGAGGAGCGGCUGAGACAGCUGGAGUCACAACUGGAGGAGAAAAACCAGGAGCUGGGAAGGGCUCGUCAGAGAGAGAAAAUGAACGAGGAGCACAACAAGCGUUUAUCUGACACCGUGGAUCGUCUGCUGACCGAGUCCAAUGAAAGACUGCAGCUCCAUCUGAAGGAGCGCAUGGCUGCCCUGGAGGACAAGAACUGUCUCAUUCAGGAUCUUGAGAACUGCCAAAAGCAACUUGAAGAGUUCCACCACACCAGGGAAAGGCUGAUUGGAGAGAUUGAGAAGCUGAGGAAUGAGAUCGACCAUUUGAAACGCCGCAGUGGGGCGUUUGGGGAUGGAACACACCCACGGUCUCACUUGGGGAGCUCCAGCGACCUUCGCUACUCCAUGGUGGAGGGCCAAGAUGGCCACUACAGCACAGCUGUGAUCAGGCGAGCACAGAAGGGCAGGCUGUCAGCACUACGAGAUGAUCCAAAUAAGGUGUAUGCUGUAUUUGAACAGGACUAUCCAUCGCUGCGUGGGAGUGUCAGCCACCUACUUGGAAGUGACAUUGAGGCAGAAUCUGACUUGGAUGAUGAGGUUAGCUCCACCCUGCUUUCCCCUAGUGGCCAAUCAGAUGCUCAGACUCUUGCUCUCAUGCUGCAGGAGCAGCUCGAUGCCAUCAAUGAAGAGAUCAGAAUGAUCCAGGUAGAGAGAGAGUCAGCUGACCUGCGCUCUGAUGAGAUCGAGUCUCGUGUGAACAGCGGCAGCAUGGACGGACUCAACGUGACGCUUCGGCCCCGGGCCCUGCCCACCUCUGCCACCGCUCAGUCUUUAGCAUCAUCCUCGUCCCCACCCACCAGCGGACACUCCACGCCCAAGCAUCAUUCACGUAACCCCAGCCACCACCUUGGCAUCAUGACACUGCCAAGUGAUCUGAGGAAACAUCGCAGGAAAGUAGCAUCCCCAGUGGAAGUGGACAAAGCCACAAUCAAGUGUGAGACGUCGCCACCAUCCUCCCCACGCAGUUUACGACUCGAAACCAAUUUUGCCCAAUUUACAGGAAGCCUUGAGGAUGGCCGAGGCAAACAGAAGAAAGGCAUCAAGUCUUCUAUUGGCCGAUUCUUUGGGAAGAAGGAAAAGGGCCGAUUGGACCAGUCUGCGGGCCGGGAUGGACAGCCCCUGUCAGCUUUAUCAGAUUUUGAGAUGGUCAUUGGUGACACGAUGACUUUGGGAAAACUGGGAACACAGGCUGAGAGGGACCGCAGGAUGAAGAAAAAACAUGAGCUUCUAGAAGACGCCAGGAAACGAGGUCUGCCCUUUGCCCAGUGGGACGGCCCUACUGUCGUGUCCUGGCUUGAGCUGUGGGUGGGCAUGCCGGCGUGGUAUGUGGCAGCCUGUCGUGCCAACGUGAAGAGCGGAGCCAUCAUGUCAGCUCUGUCUGACACAGAGAUCCAGAGGGAGAUCGGAAUCAGUAACCCUUUGCAUCGGCUCAAACUGCGCUUGGCCAUCCAGGAGAUGGUCUCUCUGACCAGCCCGUCUGCACCUCUUACCUCCAGAACGUCCUCCGGCAAUGUGUGGGUGACUCAUGAAGAGAUGGAGAACCUGGCUUCUUCUACUAAAGCGGAGAAUGAGGAAGGCAGCUGGGCACAGACUCUGGCAUAUGGAGACAUGAAUCACGAAUGGAUAGGAAAUGAGUGGUUGCCCAGCCUUGGCCUGCCUCAGUACCGCUCCUAUUUCAUGGAAUGUCUGGUGGACGCACGCAUGUUGGACCAUCUAACGAAGAAGGACCUGAGGAGCCACCUAAAGAUGGUGGACAGCUUUCACAGGGCGAGUCUGCAGUACGGGAUCAUGUGCUUGAAGAGACUCAAUUAUGACAGGAAAGACCUGGACCGCCGGAGAGAGGACAGCCAGCAUGACAUGAAAGAUGUGCUGGUGUGGACCAAUGAGCAGGUGAUCCACUGGGUGCAGUCCAUUGGCCUGCGGGAGUACAGCGGAAACCUGUUGGAGAGCGGCGUUCACGGAGCGCUUGUUGCACUGGAUGAGACCUUCGACUACAGCAGCUUAGCACUCAUCCUGCAGAUCCCCAUGCAGAACACACAGGCGCGGCAGGUUCUGGAGCGGGAGUUCAACAACAUGUUGGCCUUGGGAACUGAUCGCCGACUGGAGGAGAGCGGGGAUGACAAAUCAUUUAGACGCUCUCCAUCUUGGCGCAAGCGAUUUCGUGCACGGGAGGGAGGAGCGGGUCUUGGAAUGAUGGCGGGCUCCAUGGAAACGCUGCCUGCUGGCUUCCGUAUGCCGUCAAUGUCAAUGCCGCCCUCUGUGACUCUGGGACACCGAAAACAGCUCCAGCCUGAAGUUCCUCCCCCGGCACCCCCGAGGCUCGACCCCUCGGCCGUGCGGACCUACUCGUGCUAACUCCUCUCUGCUUACUAACAGGAGCGCUAAUGCUAACAGUGCAUUCUCAUUACCUAUACGGACACAUGCUUGCGGCCUUUUGAGAGUGAUAUGCCAAAUCUGGAGAGGGAGAACUCGGUACCAGCUCCUUUGGUGCCUAGGCUCACCUCCCACCCUUCACCUCUCAACACUCCUUCGGACACGUGCAAUACAGAGGCCAACUCUGACCUUUGAACUCUCGAGAGUGCUCAUUCGCUGCGCUCGCUGCUGUAAAAGGAGACUCGUCCCAGUCUCGCCCAGUUUACCCCAGUGCUCCCAGUAGCCUUGUUGUUGUGGUGUCGUGUUCCCGCUCCCUUUGGUCUCAGCUGUGGGUUCUCGUCCUGGUUCUAAGAGUCGCCAAGUUCAAAUUGAUCUCAGUCAUCAUGUUCCCCUGUGACAGAACAGGUGGUUAAGAUGUAAAGAAGAAAAGAAUAUUGUGGUGUCCAAAGCCUUGGCGAUGAGUUUUCCUUUGGGUUUGGGGGAACAAUGAUGCGUAAAGAGUAGAUCCCACUGCACAUUACCCCUCUACCGGUUAUGCAAGGUAUUACUCAUGAAUUGUCUUUGUACAUAAAAAGGAUUACAUAUGUUUUUUAUAGAAAUAUUAUAUAAAUAUAUAUUGGGGAAAAAAAAAAAUAUAUAUAUAUAUAUAUAUGGAAAAUAUUAUAAUAUCAUGGCUGUAUGAAACCCAAGGCCCUGUAUUCAGUAGUGACUGUUCUCUCUCUUUCUUUCUGUCAGACCUUUGUGUGUCUCUUUGCUCUAAGUGUCUGAAUCCUAAGUGGGCGGGACAUAA